AUGGCGUCCACGGGACGAGUCCUCCUCCUCUCGCCACCCUCCCUCUCCUCGCAUCCCGAAAAGCUAAACGCGAUCCUCGGAUCGCAUACACGGGACAGGACAGACCUGCAGAUGCUCGACCGGCUCGUCCACGGCCUCGUCUCCCUCCCCGCAUCCACCUACGACAUCGUCCUGCUCCUCACCGGCGCAGACAACACGCUCGCGGAACCGUACAGCCUCGUCACCCGAGACAUUAUCCAGCAGGUUGUUCACAGCCUGAAGCCCGCGGGGAAGCUGAGGAGUCAGGAUAAUAAGGCGUGGGGAUUACGGAGCAGUGGGAAUAAUAGUGAUGAUGAUAAUGAUAAUGAUGAGCUGACAUUCAGGAACGAGGCGAUAUUGGCGGGGUUAGUAUUUGAUGAUAACGGGGAGCUGCUGAAGCCUGAUGUCGCGGCGCAGCAGGCUGUUCCGCUGAAGCUGGGGAGGAGGAAGAAGGAGAAGGAGAGGCGCCAUCCGUCAGGGAAUGAUGUUACGAAUGGGAAGGUGAACGCACCGUCUUCAAAUGGUGUAAACGCAUCCACGUCCACAGCUACAGCUACAGCUACAACGACCACGACCACGACCCCAAAAACAAACCCAGCUCCCUCCGGAGUCGGAUUUAUAGAUUUCAGCGAUGACUACGGCGUGCCGAUGGAAGAGGAUCCCCAGGGUUCCGAUGACGAGCUAAUCGACGAAGACGAACUGCUUGGCGAAGAUGACAUGGGAAGACCAAUCGUCCAACCCCCUGAAUGCCGCCCCAAACCCGGAAAACGCCGACGAGCCUGCAAAGACUGCUCCUGCGGCCUCUCCCAAAAGCUUGAAGCAGAAGACAAAGCCAAGCGCGCCACCGCCGACAAGGCGCUGGAGACUAUCAUGGCGCCGACGAUGAAGCUGGGCUCGAGCGAGCUGGCGGAGGUAGACUUUACCGUGCAGGGGAAAGUGGGCAGCUGCGGGAAUUGCUCGCUGGGCGAUGCAUUCCGGUGCGAUGGGUGUCCGUAUAUUGGCCUGCCGGCAUUUAAGCCGGGGGAGGAGGUGAGGUUGUUGAAUAAUGAUGUGCAGCUGUGA